AUGGUAAAAAAAAUUGAGGAUUCUUUUAAUCAUGCCUAAAAACUAUAUGAGUAUUAGGAGAAGAAAAUAAGAAGGGAUAAGCCAGCCUCUGAUACAUAAUUGAUGCAAAAAUUACUACAUUCAGGAACAAUAGCAGAUAAAAUCUCAGCCUUGUCAAUUUCAAUCAAAGAAAAUCCAGAUCAUGCAUUAGGUUCAUUAAAUAAGUUAUUAGAAAUUGUACAACUAUCUAUUAAUAUAUAUAGGCUGCAUUACCAUCAAGAGAGAAAAGCUUAAAAGCUUUAUUUUAACUUAAGGAUUUAUUAGUUCAUUUAAUUUUAAAGAGAGGUGUUCCAUGCAAUUUUGAAGAAUCAAAUUUAACUGAUGAAUUAUAGAAAUAUUAUUGGCAUGGAAUUAAUUAGGUGUUAGUGAAGACCUGUGAAAUUCUCAUCAAGGCUUCCUAAGAUGUUUUACCAUAUGUGCGAAGACAAAUUAUUUUAAUGAUGCUAGAACUACAUUGUGCUCAUCCAAUAUAUACAAAAGAAUUAAUAAAAGAAAUUGUUAAUAAAUUUGGUGAUAAAGAGAAAACUUUAGUGACUUUACUUACUAAGAAACUUUCAGGAGAAUUAUCAGUAAAAUAUUUUAUUAAUAAUAGAAAAAACCUGCAUUAACUUAUCCAUUUUUAAAAGAGACUUAUGGAUUUAUGUAUAGACCCAAUUUACCUUAAGAAGCUUAGUAUUAUUGUCUAAAUUUUAUAAACACAAUUAAUUUAUAAACUCAAGAAACAAGCACUGUAGCUUAUAUGCUUAAGAUUUUCUUUAUUUUUUUCAAAAAGAUAAUGAAGGUUCCAUAAGCUGAUUAAAAAUGCUCAAAAUUAUUUAGUCAAAUUUUAAAAGGAAUUAAUAAGACUUUACCUUAUGGAUAAUCAUUUUUAGAUUAAUUAAAAGAAUUAUUUAAAGAAAAUGAAAAAUUGAUUUAUAAACUAAUUGCUACAUCAGAAAAUUUUAAAAUAAAAAUCUAGACUCUAUAUUUUGUUUAUUAAAUAUCAGAUUUAAAUGCUCACUUUUAUAGAAGUUUAUAUGAAAUUGUAUUAUUAUUAUUAUAUAUUUUUAGUUAUUAUCUUAAGAAAUUUAAAGUACAAGUUUAGGUGAAUUAUUUUUUGAUUUGUUAUUUUUAUCAAUAAAAUAAGAUAAUGAAAUAGUAAGAUAAAAAGCAAUCAUCAAAAGAUUACUAUAAAUAUCAAUGCAUUCUAAUUUGUCAUUUACAAUUACAGCAUUGAUUUGUGUUUAAAAACUUUGUAUAGAGAUACCAUAAUUAUUAGAAGAAACAAAUGAAAAUUAAGAGUAUUUGUAUUUCAAAAGAGAUCCAUUAUUUUCAGGAGCAUCAUCAUUUUUAAAUGAGAUUUAAUCAUUUACUUCUCAUUAUCAUAAUAAAGCAUAAUAAAUAGCUAAAUAGAUUUUAAAUAAAGAUUAAAAUAUUACAUAGAAGGUUAAUCCACUAUUGGAAUAUUCAUAAAGUGCUUUUUUGGCUAAAUUUGUAGAAGCAAAAAAUAGAGUUACAAAUAGAAUAUCUAAUUUAUCAGGAUCUGUUAUUAAUGAAGAAUAAUUUAAAUUAAAAUUUGAAAAAUAAAGAAAAUAGGAUAAUCAACUUAAAUAACAAAAUAAACCUUAAAGAAAAAGUAGUAUAACAAGUGAGGAUGCUUAUGCAGAUGAAUUAUUUGAAAAAGAAUUAUAAAAAGGAAAUUUUUCAGAUGAAGAUGAAUUAGAUUUGAGUAUGGAUUAAGAUGAUGAUUUAGUAGAUUUAUCUGAAGAUGAAACCUAAAAUGAAAAUUAAUAAAAAUAAAUUCCAAUAAUUAUGAGAAAAAUUUAUAAAAGACAUAAAUUAUUAAAAAAAUGA